AUGUCAGUCUUAGAUAGGUCGAAGGAAAAGCAGCACAGGAAGUCCAAGGAGCACUCAGUGGGAGACGGUCGUCACCACCACCACCAUCACUCACACGACAAGAAGAAAAGCAGAAAGAACACCGCCAAUGCAGAUUCGUCGACUUCGCUGAUAACGACCUUGCCUGCACACCAACACUGCGGUAUCGAUGUGGAUGAGGACGACGAGGACUGGGAGGAGAACCGAGUCGCUGUGGAGCGGCUUUGUGCACAGUACCCAAACAACAUCUGCGCAGACUGCGGCGAGACGGGUACUCGCUGGGCGUCCGUCAACCAUGGCGUCUUCGUAUGUAUUCGCUGCUCCGGCGUGCAUCGCUCCUUGGGAGUGCACAUCUCAAAGAUCAAGUCGACAAACAUGGACCGGUGGUCCCUGGCGGAGGUGCGCCUGAUGAAGGCCAUCGGCAACGUCGCGGCAAAGGCCCUCUACGAAGCACACCUCCCCGCUGGCGCGCGCCCCUCUAGCGGCGCCGGCGCUACAGCGGAUGAAGCUGUCAAGCUUUUCAUCGAGCGUAAGUAUGCGCAGCGCGAGUUUGCCAUGCACAACCUCAAGGACGUGCUGGAAAGGCACUACAAGGACACCGGAUACCGCAGAUCAAAGACAGCGUUCAAGUCGAGAGCCGUGGUGGACGGCGUCGUCUCCUUGCCCACGGGAGAGAGCAGAGCUGCUGCCGUGUCGGUUGAUCGGGACGUCAUGACAGGAAAGAGAGGUGACACCAUGCGAGCCCUCUACGGCGAUGCCGCCGCGGAGAUGCAGAGAGGGCUGUCGAGGAGGACGAAGAAUGCGGCCUCACAAACCCAAGGACCGAUGCCGAAGCUGACGUACGGGACGUUUGGCAUAGUGAACGUGCCUCCGGAGGAGUACGAGGCGCGGUGGCAGCGCACCGUGGCAGUGUUCACCUUCGUAGAGGCUCCGCCGGCAGCGGUCGCAGCGCCGGCAGAGGAGGCGCCGAGAGGAGAUGAGGGGGAAAAGGAGACCCGUACUGCUGCUCCCACCCCUCUAACAGAACCCACCGCCGCCCUUGCUGAUCGGCCUCAGAUGGACGGAGUAGAGACGACUCCGGCGACAGUUUCGAGCCCCUCCCUUCCAGUGUAG